AUGACCAUUUCCAAAUUUACCGAAAAAGAUUUAGAAAAAUUAGAAGGCGAAGCCGAGUUAAAAAUUUAUAAAAAUUUUCAAGUUCAAAACCUACAAUUAGGUUUACCGCCUCUCAAACCAGCCGAGGAAAAACAAUUUCUUUUAGCAGAAAAAGCAACUUAUUUAUUCCAAAAAAUUUUUGGUUCCGAUAAUCCUACUUCACCCACUAAUUUGGACCAAUUCCAAAAAGUCCAAGAGGAAAUUUUAGGGCAAGUUAGUGCGGCCAUGCUGGCGGACCAUGAGAGUAAGUUCGCCGAGUUUUUACGAGAUAAAAGAAAAUUAACCCCUGAACAAGUUUUAAAUGGAGAGGGAGGACAUAUAUCAGAAUUAAGAUAUAUUUUUUUUAACGGACCACCGGUUCAAGUUCCCAGAGUACCUUCCCCUUCCCGGAAAGCCGCCCAAGAGGAAAUUAAAGGUAAUCGGGAAAAUAUUCCUCCGCCCAAAGAAACUAAUUUUAACAGUUCCGAUCUUAAUAAUCUAUUAAAUAAAUUAAAAGGAGAGUUUGAACAAGAUGGGCAAAAAAACCAUUCCUCUCCUUUACCAGAUUUAAGUCUGGGUCCAAAUAGUAUUAUGUCAGGAGACAAAGAAAAAAUGCCGUGGCUUGCUUUUACUAUUAAUAUUUAUAAUAGAAAUAACCUUCCUGGUUUUUGUGUUUUUGACCCUGCCACUUUCGCAGUUUCUCACGGUGAAGGUGAUUUAGUUACUUUACAAUUGGAACUGAAAAGAUUAGAAGACAAAAAAAUCAAGGAUGACGCUUUGGAGGAUGAGCAAAAGAAAGAUCGAUUACUAAUCUCUGGUGCUCGUGACGUUAAAAUUGGUGUUCCUGGUGUCAAACAAAAAUCUUAUCGUUUUACUCGCAUGUUCCGUAAUCAGGCUAAUGCUUAUGAUCUCAACGAUACCAACCACUUUAUUGGAGUAUUACGAGAUAAAGGAGUAAUGAGCAAAAGCCCUGCCGAAUUAGUGGGGAGAAUAGUUAAAGAAGCCCGCGGAACCUUAGUGAGAUUAGGACCCGAUGCCUUAGGAUUAAUUGACAGUCAAAAUAAAGACCAACAAGAACGGAGCAAAAAUGAAACUCCUCAAAGUAGAGAAGCUAAUCAAAAAGCAGUUUCAGAACAAGAUUUAAAAGAUAUUGGACUAUCUAAAAGUGAGUUUGAAAACUUAAACACUGCUUUUACGGAUGAAGCUUUGAUUGCUAAUUUAAUUAAGCGAAUUUCCCAAAGCAAUAAACCCGAAAAAGUUGCUGAAUUACUUAAUAAACUUUUUGACCAUUGUCAACCAGUUACCCAAGAAGCCCUUUUUAACCAAAUGGUGGAGAAUAACCCGGUUUUCAGUAGAGAGGAAAAAGAUAAUUUAAAAACCCAACGGGAAGCCUUUCAGAAAAAAACCAAGGAGGAAAAAGAUAAAAUUUUUGAAGAACAAGUAAAUAGUAAUCCGCGGUAUGGUCCCAAAGGAGAGGACACCCAAGAAAGACGCGAUAGAUUUAAAGAGUAUGAAAAAGCGGAUGAGACUAAAAAAGAGCAAUUACAAGCCCAAGAAAACGAGCAAUUUACCCACGGGGAAAAUGCCUUCCAAUGA